UUUUUGUUACUGUUGCUGCUUGCACACUUUCUCCAUCUGGGCUGCAAUUGAAAUACGUAUCUUUAAAAAUGCAAUGCAGAACAGACCAGGAGCUGGUGGGUUGCUAGCCAGGAAUUUGGUCUUGGUCUUGGCUGAAAGGGAUAAAAGACAGACAGAUAAACAGAGAAUGGGCUUACAAAUGAUGAUGAUGAUGAUGAUGAUGAUGAUGAUGAUGAUGAAAAAACAUACAAAUCCCAAAACUGAUGUGUCAACCAGAGGUAACGCUGGAGAUAAAAAUGGAGGAGUGGAAUCCACCAAAGAAACCUCAGUUUGGGGAGAAAUCAGAAAGUAGAGGAAAUGAUCCUCAUAUAGAGACAAUGCAGGAAUUCUUGACCGGAGCAGCUCCCCAACAAAUCAAAGAAGAACCAGACGAUGGGCUGGAACAGCGUUGGGAUACGCAGUGGCUGGAGUUCUUGAAGACGGUCAAGUCCCCACAUUCGGAAUGGCAGCACCUCAGGCUUCCCAGCCCCAUCUCAGAGGGGAAUUUGAAGUCGGCUCAGCAGGCUUCCUUAAAGGGAGUUACUGAAGUCGGCCACUGGCCGAGAGGUGAAUGGUUGACUCAGGCCUUGCCGGAUCUCCUUGGAGAGGCUCAGCUGGCCUGUAGAGACCUGGACUCAUGUCCGACUGUGAAGGUUGAGGUUCUGGAUGAAAACAACACGGUCAGCCUGGAGGUCCGGCGCCAGCAUUUUCGGCAGCUCUCCUACCAGGAGGCUGAGGGACCCCGAGAGAUUUGCCAGAGGCUCCAAGAGCUCUGCCACCAGUGGUUGGUGCCAGAGAGACACACCAAAGAGCAGAUGCUGGAAUUAUUGAUCCUGGAGCAGUUCCUGACCAUCCUUCCCCGAGAAAUGCAGAGCUGGGUCAGGGAGCGAGGGCCGGAGACUUGUGCCGAGGCUGUGGUUCUGGCAGAAGAUUUCCUCCUGAUGCUUCAAGGACCUAAGAGGCAGGAAGGAAAGGAUCCAGUGCCCUUGGAAGAGCCUUUUAUGAACAUCCCCAAGGCAGAGCAAGAUGAGUCAGAUUCUGCAAACAGGCAGCUCUCUCUGGAAGCCACCUUCCUAGGAAUCAACGAUCCAGUCUUGGAGAGCAAAGCAGAGCCCUUUCAGCUGGAAGGACCUGAGCCAGAACAAGUGGGAGUCAGUGAAGUGGAAGAACUCCAGGAGAAAUUUUUCCCAGGUUUUGAGUUGGAAGAGAACCGUGGAAGCCCACAAGGAUCACAAAUCCCCCAAGAGAGCUAUCUGUGGAAGAUCACAGAGCAGGUUUUUCUUUGCGAAAGCAAGGAAUAUAAAAACACAGUUCCAGAUAGGAAGGAGAAAUCCCAGAGGCCCACGACCAACAACAGCACCAGGGGGACAGAUUUUGGGAAAAGUCUUCAGAGCUUCGACCUUCUCAAGAACCAGAAAAAGCCGAUGCAGAAGUUCAAGUGCUCUUAUUGUGGGGCCUCAUCCAACAUCCGCGCCAACAUUGUCGUACACGAGAGAAUCCACACGGGGGAGAAGCCUUACACCUGCUUGACUUGCGGGAAAAGCUUCAGUCGGAAGUCGACCCUCGUCCGGCACAAACGGACCCACACAGGAGAGAAGCCGUACAACUGCUCCAUCUGUGGGAAAAGCUUCAGCAUCCGGUGUAACCUUUUACGGCACGAACGGGUCCACAUGGGAGAUAAAUCCUACCAUUGUGCACAUUGUGGUCAGAGCUUCAGCCAGAGACUCUUGUUUGUGAUACAUGAGAGAACUCACACAGGAGGAAAAAAGUUAUAAAAACUCACUAUCUUGGCAUGGUGGGAAAUGUUACUGUUUUGCUUGCCUUCUUCUGUAUCUCUCUUCCCUUCGUGACACGAGUGAUGGAAAUUGACACUGGAAAGAAACUGUGAAAUGAUGUGUUAUAUGUCUGCAUAACUCCCACUGCUUCCAUCUGUCUCUUGGGCUGCAUCUACACUACAGAAUUAAUGCAGUUUGAUAGUGCUUUAACUGCCAUGGCUCAGUGCUAAGGAAUUCUGGGCUUUUUCAUUUUGUGAGCUAUUGAGCUUUCUCUGGAGUUUUUCACAUGUGAGGAAAAUCAGGGGUUUAAACUGU